AGCUGAAAAAACGGUUUGUUUUCAACGAGAGGAAGAAGCGUUGCUGUUUUUCGCCGCUGCUACACCGGUUUUUAAAAACGGUUGCAACAUUUAUUUUAUACCUAGUUGGUAUUCGGCCAGCAGCUUUCUCAGCUCGCCAUGGCUCUGUGCGGGGGUGUCGGAGCCAUGGCUUUGCCUAGCGAGCUUAUCGUCCACAUAUUUUCCUUUCUGUCCGACCGAGACAAGCUCCGGGCCUCGGCCGUGUGUUCACGAUGGAGGGAGUGUCUCUUCUACCCAGCGCUGUGGACCGAGCUCAAAUUGCGGAUAGGUGGUGGUUGUAACGGCGGCGGCUCCAGCUCCAGCUCUAGCUCCGAGGAGACCCCGAGGCUGGAGUUCCUCAUGCGUAAAUUCGGUUCCUUCGUGCGGGAGCUGCAACUGGAACUCGCACCGGUGGAAGGCUGCCUUAGUCCUCUAAACAACAACCCGUCAUCCACCAGGAUGGACCAGCCCGAAAGCGACCCGCAGCUCUCCCAGCGAUGGAGAGACGCCAUGGCCACCUACUUGGACCAGGUGUUGUGUGUGUUCUCCAGCAUCCGCAACAACAGAAAUCUGCGGAAGCUGAGUCUGUAUGGAGACACCUGUGUUCUCCAGCAGGAGGGACUAUUGGACAGCUCCCACCUGCACCAAAUUCACCAGGGGGACAAAAAGAUCAACGAAGUCCAGCAGUUGUUCAUGGAGUUGUUGUCUAACAGCAGGCAGCUGCGGUGGUUGUCCUGUAGUUUCAUGCUGGGUCUGGUGACUCCCUGCUCCUUGGCCUGCCUGUCAAAUCCUUCAGCCGAGACCCUGCAGCACCUCAGUUUACUGGACCACCAGCUCGGUCCCCUCAUCUCGCCAUCAGAGUUGGAUCGUCUGUCUAAUCUUCAUUCUCUGGCUCUGGAUUUCUCUGAUUUGACAUCUGAGCUUUGUGGUCUGCUGGCAUCGCCACGCCGAACUCCACUGCAUCGCAUCUCCCUGCUGCUCAAUGGCGCCGCCCUGGAGUUCAAACCAUUAGAAGGGACCGCUACAGAGGACGAUUGGAAGGCACUGAUUCGUGUUAGUGCCAACCUGCGAGUGUACAUCAUGGCCCUGGAGGUCAACAGCUCGGAGCUCCUCGGGGUCCUAAAGCCUAGCCUUCCUCUGGAGCGCCUCCACCUCGACAGUUACAGCACACUGGUGACUGACGCCACAUUGGAGCUCAUUUCCCAGCAGUACAACAAGACGCUGACUCACUUCCUGCUCCUGAGGGAUGACCCCGACUUCCCUGACCUCAGCAUCAAUCGCAACGAAGACCCAUUGGUCCUCUUGGCAUGGAGAUGUACUCAGCUGGCUGUACUGGUGAUACAUGGUUACACUGUUUGGGCCCAUAAUUUGGUGGCCAUCUCUCGGCUGCGUGGCUCCAACCUUCGCGUCCUGACCAUCUCUGAGGAGAGCAUCGACUUUGAUCCGGACCAGGCAGUGUGCAUGGAUGGCGACCCGGUCCAUAACCUGGUCAAGGAGGUUUCUCUGGGCCUCGCCCGUGUCUGGCACCCUUGCCUGGAUUCCAGCCUGGUUUUGUCCGAACCCACCCAUCACUUCCACCACGAGCUGCACGCCUUCAGCAUGGGCAUGUAGGCAGGGAUGGCAAGUCCAACACAUCACAGCCUAAACUGUCAAGACCAGUCCAGACCAACAAAGUCCAAGUCAACUCAGACCUCUAAAAAAGGCCAAAGCAGACCUAAGUGAGAAAUCUAAACUGGAUCUUUAAAACAAUCUAUGAAUAUCA